UCCCUAGGUCCCUCUCUAUCCUCUAGGAACGGUUGCACACCUUCCCGUGGUCCCUCUCUAUCCUCUUCUGCUUCGAACCCUAGGCAAAAAUAGGGCUUUUUCUGCUUGCGAAUUUCAAGGGUUUUCCAUUUGAGAAUUCCUCGAAACAGUGAAAUUCUUUGCUAAAAGGUUCGUUUUUGGAAUAUUAUGGAGUUUGGAGGCGCUCGGAAAAGAGGAAGGCCCGACGGCGGCGCAGCCACCAACGGCAAUGGCGGCAUUAAGAAAUCGAAACAAGCCAAGAUAUCCGAAAAUGAGGCCCUCAGCAAUGAUGAAGAGCUUGAGAGGAAGACCAUGUCAAAAAAGAAGAUAGCUAAAAAGCAUAUGCAGCAAUUGCAGAGGCUCCAGGAAAAGGAUCCGGAGUUCUAUGAGUUCUUGAAAGAACAUGAUAAGGAGCUUUUGGAUUUUAAUGAUGAAGAUGUGGAUGAUGAGGCUGAAACUGAUGUUGAUAGUGAGGAUAUAGAAGAAGAUGCAGAAACAGAUGAAUACCUUAUGAAACAUGUUCCUAGUGUAGCUGUAGAAGCUAAAUCCUCUAAAAAUGUCAUUACCACUGCAAUGGUUGAUUCUUGGUGCAAAUCCAUUCAAGAGAACACAAGUUUAGGUGCAGUGCGUGCCCUUAUGAAAGCAUAUCGCACUGCUUGCCACUAUGGUGAUGAUAGUGGUGAUGAUAAUGCGAAUCAGCUAAGUAUAAUGUCUAGCAGUGUCUUCAACAAAAUCAUGCUAUUUGUUUUAAGUGAAAUGGAUGGAAUUCUUCGAGGAUUGUUAAAAUUACCCCCUUCUGGGGGAAAGAAGGAGACCUUAUUGGAUCUGAUGAGUACUAGACUGUGGAAAAACUAUAACCAUUUGGUGAAAUCAUAUCUUGGAAAUUCUCUACAUGUUUUGAACCAAAUGACAGACACAAAAAUGAUAUCCUUUACAUUGCGAAGGCUAAGAUAUUCAUCUAUAUUUUUGGCUGCAUAUCCUGCUCUUUUAAGGAAGUAUGUAAAGGUGGUUCUGCACUUUUGGGGCAGCGGGGGAGGUGCACUGCCAGUUGUUUCUCUUUUAUUUUUGAGAGAUUUAUGUCUACAGUUUGGUUCAGAUUGCAUCGAUGACUGCUUCAAAGGAAUGUACAAAGCUUAUGUUUUGAAUUGUCAAUCCUUUACGGCAACAAAGCUGCAGCAUAUUCAGUUUCUUGGUAAUUGUUUCACUGAACUACUUAGAGUGGAUCCUGGAGCUGCAUAUCAACAUGCUUUCAUUUUCAUUCGUCAGUUAGCGAUGAUUUUGCGCGAAACUACUACUAGGACAAAGAAGAAUUCUAAGCUAUCCUUCAAGGAGUUGUUUAGAAAGGUUUAUGGAUGGAAAUUUAUGAACUGUCUUGAGCUUUGGACUGGUGCAAUCUGUGCAUAUAGCUCAGAAGCUGAUCUUAAGCCUCUUGCUUACCCACUUACUCAAAUUAUAACUGCAACGGCUCGUUUAGUUCCUACAGCUCAGUAUUUUCCUCUCAGAUUGUGGUGUAUAAAAAUGCUAAAUAGAAUUGCUGCUUCAACUGGGACCUUUAUUCCUGUUUCCCUCUUGCUAUUAGAAAUGCUAGAGAUAAAGGAAUUGCACAGACCACCUACUGGAGGAGUUGGUGAAGCUGUUGAUUUCCGUACUAUGCUGAGGGUAAAAAAGUCAGCCUUGAAAACGAGGGCAUUUCAAGAGAUGUGUGUUUUUUCUGUAAUUGAAGAACUCACUGAGCAUUUAGCACAAUGGAGCUAUUCUGCAGCCUUUUUUGAGCUAUCUUUUGUUCCCACUGUUCAGUUACGUGAGUUCUGCAAAUCUACAAAAGUUGAGAGGUUCCGUCGAGAAAUGAGGCAACUUAUUCGUCAGAUUGAAGCCAACUGUGAAUUUACUAAUAAGAAGCGUAUGUCAGUUGCGAUUCUUCCCAAUGAUCCGGGAGCUGCAUCUUUACUUGAGGAUGAAAAAAUGAAGGGUUCUAGCCCGUUAUCUCAAUAUGCUACUGUUUUACGAGAGAGAGCACAACAAAGAAAUGACUCCGUAACGCAGUCCAGUGUAAUUGUGGGUGAACGUACAUCAAUCUUUGGGAGUAAGAUCACUGAUACUGAUGAACAAGAUGAUUCUGUGAACGAGGAAGGUGUCACUGCCUUUAAUUCAGGCUGGCUUCCAGGAAGUGAUUCCACGACUUCGCAUGCUGAAAAGGUGAAAGAGAAUAAGAAGAGAAAGAGGUCCCAAGAGGAGACAGCUUUUGAUGAAGAUGUUGUGGAGGAGCUGAUACUUAGUUCUGAUGAAGAUGAAGAUUCUAUGAGUGAUGCCCAAGAACUCGAAGAUACUGAAGAAGAGCCGGUGAUUUCAAAGCGGCACAAAAUGAGCCAGCAACCAUUGGCAGGUUUGUCUAAUCUAUCAAAGAAGAAAAGAAAGUCUAAAUCAAAGAAAUCGAAUAAAAAGAAGGGAAAGAAUUAAGAAGCCGGUGGUCUAAUCCUUCAUUUGACAGUUUGGAUUCUCUUAGAGCAAAGGAUUUUUUUUUCCUUCUUCUUUUUGGAAAUAUGUAUCGUUUACUCAGGCAAAUUGUUGCUUUGUAUUUACACGAGUGUAAUUUCAGCAGUUCUAGAAUUUAUGGAAAAGGGCCACUUCGAGGACUAAAGAUUCAUGUGAUGUAUUUGAUUUUUCCGUGAGAACCUAAAAUUUCUAUCAAUCAAAUAGCCUUUUUGAAAAAAGGAAACUGAUAA